AGCAGUAUUAGUCAGUCAGCAGCUGGUUAGGAUAUAGUGAGUAACAGAUUCCCACUCUCUUGUUCUUCUUGCUCCCAGGACCUCAAGCACACAGAAGCAUGGGCAGACAGAAGCAGGCUCUGGCCUGGAUUUCUGAGAUGUUUUAUAUUGGGAACUUGCUGUUGAGGCAAGCUCUGGCAGAAUGUCUGGGGACCCUCAUUCUAGUGAUGUUUGGCUGUGGUUCUGUCGCUCAGCUAGUUCUCAGCGGUGGAUCUCAUGGACAGUUCCUGACUGUCAACUUCGCUUUCGGCUUUGCUGCGACCCUGGGCGUCCUGGUGUCUGGCCAGGUGUCAGGUGGGCAUCUGAACCCGGCUCUGACCUUUGCCGUCUGUCUGCUGGGGCGGGAGCCGUGGCUCAAGCUGCCAGUGUACUUCUUGGCGCAGACGGUGGGUGCCUUCCUGGGGGCAGGGGUCAUCUUCGGAAUGUACUUCGAUGCCUUGUGGAUGUUUGGGAAUAACGAGCUGUUAGUGACAGGAGGAAACGCUACCGCCGGGAUCUUUGCUACCUAUCCAUCUCAACACUUGACCCUGCUCAAUGGCUUCUUUGACCAGAUGAUCGGUACCGCUGCCCUGAUCGUGUGCCUCCUGGCCAUUGUGGACCCCUACAACAACCCGAUCCCCAGGGGUCUGGAGGCCUUUACUGUGGGCUUCGUCGUCUUGGUCAUCGGUCAGUCCAUGGGCUUCAACUCUGGCUACGCUGUCAACCCUGCCAGAGACUUUGGUCCUCGCCUCUUCACUGCCAUAGCCGGCUGGGGCUCGGAGGUCUUUACCGCUGGACCUCACUGGUGGUGGGUGCCCAUCUUUGCCCCCUUCCUGGGUGCCUUCAUCGGGGUCAUGGUGUACCAGUUCAUGGUGGGCUUCCACACGGAGGGCGAGGCCAAAGACAGUGCGAGGGAGGACAACGAGGAGAACAUCAAGCUGUCCAACAUCCACUCUAAACAGAUAGCUUGAUCAGGUCCCUGCCCUGUCUAGCACACACAGAACAUUCUGACCUCCAUACACAUUGUAACUGUAACAGCCCCCCAUGCUUUCAGAAGAUUGCACACCGGUCUGUCAUUGUGGGGGCGUCUCCCUUGCAUUCCAGCUCAGAGAGGAGGAGGAGGAGGAGGGGUGGAGGGACACACACACAAUACCCUUUUCUCUACUGAUGGAAUUUGAUCUUCCAGAGAACCCUGUUGAUGUAGUGUCAGUGUCUUUAUAUUUGUCCUGACAUUUCUUGGAUUAGAGUAGUCUGUAUCUAGUUUCUACAGCUUUUUACUUUUUUUUCUAGUGUUUUUGGUUUUGUCAGGUUUUACUUUAGACUUUUACUAAGUGAACAAACCUUGAAUCCUGUCUGGGCAGCACAUAGGCAGUCGGCCAACGUUGGGUGGGAUCUUCAACUGUCUUUGUGUGAAGCACAGUGAGUAAAUUUAGCAGGUCUUGUUAGUGUGAGCAGUAGAGUGACAAUCUCUCUGUGUUCCUGUGGCAUCCUCCUGCCUUGUAGAAAAUCAAUGCUGGUCGUGGGACUGUGCGAGUCCACAGCACACCUAUGCACACUGUUACAAUUGUCUUAAUUACCCCUUCAUUGAAAAGGAUUUGAAAUGAGCCUAAAAUUAAUGUACUUUUUUUUUGUUUAGCUUGCCUGGUUACUUUUUUGCUUUUCUGUUAGAUCCUUCAAACCACAUAUCAAUAAAAAUGGCCUUCAAGUGAUGUGUAUUUUGUACUGUGUGUGGAAAUGUUAAGGUUGAAACAUUGAAAAUGUAGGGUUGAAACACAAAUUAUAUUAUGUAUUUUCUACCAAAGGUUGUAAAUGCAACUAAUGUUUGCUUCAUGGAAGUCUUUAUUUUUAAACUAACCCUAGGCUGCAUUUUAAUGCCUGUGCAUUCUGACAUUGAUUCAUUAUUUUGCUUGUUUCAUAUCAUGGAGGUGUGCAGAGGAACAUCAUUUAGUAAAAUAUUCAGAUUGUUUUUCAACUUGAAGGGGCAUUUCAAACGCACAUUUCUCUGUUGUCUUUUUGUAUGUAUUAUUAAAUGUCUUUGGUCUUGCUCAAUAAAGACCCUAUUAAACACA